AUGAGAAGAAUACAGAGCAGUUCUUCAGGGGAAGGGUCCUUAUCCUUUGAGGAUGUGGCUGUGGGCUUCACGUGGGAGGAGUGGCAGUUCUUGGACCCGUCUCAGCAGGACCUGUACAAGGCCGUGAUGCUGGAGAACUACAGCAACCUGGUGUCCGUAGGAUGUCAAACUACCAAACCAGAUGCAAUCUUCAAGUUGGAGCAAGGAGAAACACCGUGGAUUGUGGAAGGAGCAGUCCAUGGUCAGACCACUCUAGAAGAGCAACCACAUAAAUGCAGUGAGUGUGGGAAAGUCUUUUCCAAAAGGCCACUGCUUUUGUACCAUCAGCGAAUUCAUACGGGAGAUAAACCCUAUGUAUGCGGCGAGUGUGGGAAAGCGUUCACUUGGGAGAGCCGGCUCAAGAGACAUCACCGAUCUCACAUUGGGGAGAAACUCUAUGGGUGCAACGAGUGUGGGAAAUCCUUCUCCCAGAAGGCAUACCUCAUUGUACAUCGGAGACUUCACACAGGAGAGAGGCCUCAUGAGUGCGCUGAAUGUAGAAGAACCUUCGCUUUUAAGUCAGCCCUGACCAAGCAUCAAAGAAUUCACACAGGAGAGAGACCUUAUGAAUGUAGUGAGUGUGAGAAAGCCUACAGAUGCAAGUCUGAGCUCAUCCAGCAUCAGAGAACUCAUAAUAGGGAGAGGCCGUAUGAAUGCGCUGAAUGUAGGAGAACCUUCCUCUUUGAGGCAGCCCUGACCAAUCAUCAGAGGAUUCACACAGGAGAGAAACCCUACGAAUGUAGUGACUGUGAAAAAGCCUUCAGAAGCAAGUAUAAACUCAUGCAGCACAAGCAAACUCACACCAGAGGGAGGCCAUAUGGAUGCAGCGAAUGUGACAAAUCUUUUACCCACAUGUCAUUCCUCAUUAAACAUAAGAAAACUCAUACUAAAGAGAAACCGAUAAAGUCACCAAAAGUGGGAACACCUUCCUCAGUGACUCACAGCUCCUUAUACAAGAGUGAACUUCUACGGGACUUAGACCCCAUGAAUUCUGUGCCAGUGGAAAUGCCUUAUUCGGGAACUCAGCUUUAA